AUGGCUUAUAGGAACAAUAGAGUUUGCGACCAUCUAACCCUAGGAGUGUGCCACUGUACAAGCAAUGAUGACUCUUGGAACAUCAAGAAAGUGUUGAAACAAACUGAUGUUGGUUAUUGCAGUCGACUUUUGUUGGGUAAAAAAUUGGCUGAAGAAUUUGUGUUACCUGUGUUGGGUGCUAAAGCUCAUAGAGGAAUUCAAGUUAAAAUAUGGGAUAUUGACACCAAGUCCAUGCACACUAUCAAAUUCAAGAGACGUUCUGGUAUGUAUUUUUUCAAUGGUGGUUGGGUCAAAGAGUUUGUCAUCAGAAGAGGCUUACAAGAAGGGAAUAAGAUUGGUCUUUAUUGGGAUCAAUAUGGUAAAUUCUUUAAUUUUACUGUUCUUGAGGCCGAUAAGGAUCAGAAUAGACACUAUGUUUGA